AUUUAGACGCUAUACUUCAAGCUUUAAGAAACGAGAGUAGUAUUUUCUCGAUGCGUUUUUUUGCUGUGCAUUUCAGAGGUGUUUGUGAUAGAGUGUCAAAGUUAUAGAUCCUCAUUGUUUACCUCAUUAUUGCUUAAUAAUUUUGUAAAUAACUUCUAAGAUAGUGAAUUUUAAUUUAUUUACGUAGAUUUAUCGAUGGUUUUUUACAUACAGUUAGAUUAGAAUUAGAAUUUAAAGUCGACGUGUUUGUAUGUAUUAGGAUUGAAACAGCUGAGUUAUUCACUGCAAUCGUGCAUUUUUAUAUGCAUUUCGUCCUAAAAUCAAAUGUAUAAUACAUGUAUGAUGUUUAAACAAUAUGUUUUAUUUCAAGCUAUUUCAUGAAAAAUGAGUUUCAACGAUAAGAGCGAGAGUAUUUCCAAAGAAGAAUGGAUGGCAAAACUGGAAGAAGGUUCACAUAUUCAACGGGUGCAAAUGAAUAGUCUCAUUAUGAACUAUUUAGUCACAGAGGGCUUUAAAGAAGCUGCUGAAAAGUUUCAACAAGAAUCAGGUGUAGGACCAACUGUAGAAUUAAAUUCUCUAGAUGAUCGGAUUCGUAUUCGAGAUGCCAUCCAGAAUGGACGUAUAGAAGAAGCAAAAACUUUGGUCAAUCAGUUACACCCAGAAUUACUAGACAAUGAUAGAUAUUUACACUUUCAUCUUCAACAACUCCACUUGAUUGAACUCAUUCGUACAGGUCGUAUAGAAGAAGCGAUACAUUUUGCGCAAGAACAAUUGAGUGAAGCUGGUGAGUCAGAUCAAAAUAUUUUAAGUGAACUAGAACGUACAUUAGCAUUACUUGCAUUUGACGAGCCACACAAAAGCCCUUUCAGUGACUUAUUGCACCCCACUCAUCGACAAAAGAUUGCGAGUGAAUUAAACGCUGCAAUAUUGAAGAUGGAACAUCAAGAGUCCACUAGCCCACGGCUAAAUAAUUUAUUAAAAAUGAUCCUUUGGGCCCAGGAUGAAUUGGAUAAGAAGAAAGUAAAGUAUCCAAAGAUGACUGAUUUGGGUAAUGCUACGAUUGAAAGCCCGAAAUAAUGAAAUUUUGCAAAGAUAACUAGACUAGUUUUUACUUAAAAGUUGUGAAUAAAAUAUUGCUUUUAUUAAAAGAAUUCUGUAAUGUCGCGCAAUUUUAUUUGCUUACAGAAUGAAUUUACAUUGAGAUAGUUUUAGGUUUAUUUGCAAUAUUAAAUAUG